AUAAGUGCGCCCUCACUGCCUACCAGUUUCUGACCAUUUUGUGUGUCUUCUUUUGAACAGAAUGCCAGAGCCUUCUAAGUCUGCACCAGCCCCUAAGAAGGGAUCUAAGAAAGCCAUCUCUAAGGCGCAGAAGAAGGAUGGCAAGAAGCGCAAGCGCAGCCGCAAGGAGAGCUAUUCGGUGUACGUGUACAAGGUGCUGAAGCAAGUGCACCCCGACACCGGCAUCUCCUCCAAGGCCAUGGGCAUCAUGAACUCGUUCGUGAACGACAUCUUCGAGCGCAUCGCGAGCGAGGCGUCCCGCCUGGCGCAUUACAACAAGCGCUCGACCAUCACGUCCCGGGAGAUCCAGACGGCCGUGCGCCUGCUGCUGCCCGGGGAGCUGGCCAAGCACGCCGUGUCGGAGGGCACUAAGGCCGUCACCAAGUACACCAGCUCCAAGUGAGCUCGUAGGGCUCACAACAAACCCAAAGGCUCUUUUAAGAGCCACCCA